AUGAAAUACGGCCAAGAACUACAGCAAAACGUAUUUGCGCCAUGGCGUCUAUCUUACAUUGCAUACGACGUACUCAAGCAAGAGCUCAAAUCUCGCCAAUUGGACCAUGGAUGGACCGACAAAGAUGAAAGUGAUUUUACAAAUUUACUGGACAACGAGCUCACCAAAGUGUAUGAUUUUGUCAAUGCAAAAUUAGCAGAAAUUGAUGCACGCAUUCUGUACUGCGAACGCACUAUUCAGACACUCCAAAAGAACCCCAGCAUGGCCUCUGAUGCCAACUAUGGAAUCAUGGAUGAAGCGUUAACAGAAAUCCUGUUUGAUGUAAAUGAUCUCUCUCGCUUUACUCGUGUUAAUUUCGUUGCCAUCCAAAAGAUCCUGAAAAAGCAUGAUAAAUGGACUGGCUUGAAUCUUAAACAUGAAUUUGUAGGACGAUUACGAGAGAAGCCGCUUGACAAACAGCGCUUUGAUGUUGCCAUCAUCUAUAUUUCUGCACUUCAUGAUAUUUGUCGUAACAGAGGCAAGCAAUCACCAGGCAACAGUGCGUCAGGUGGUGACCAAAAUGCCUUUGAGAGAGCUACUGCCAAGUACUGGAUCCACCCUGAUAACAUUACUGAAGUCAAGGCCAUCAUCAUGCUGCAUUUACCCGUGCUGAUCUUUAACAAGGACAAGAAAUGGGAGCCCUCAGAUUCAGCUAUUUCAAGCACUUACUUUGAUAACUCCAACUUUGAUUUAUACACUGGCCGUUUACAGAGAGACGAGGAAGCCGAAGCUAUCAGAUUUAGAUGGUAUGGCCCUAUGAGCUCAUCAAGCGUCUUUAUUGAGCGCAAAACACAUCAUGCUUCUUGGUUGGACGGUGCCUCUGUCAAGGAUCGAUUCAGAAUCAAGGAAAAUCAAGUGAACCAGUUCAUGACGGGCCUAUACACUGCUGAUCAAAUUGCCAACGAUCAACGCAAAUCAGGCGCUGAAGCAUCUGCUGUGGAGAGUGCUCAUUUCAUUGCACAAGGUGUGCAGAAAUCAUUUAGAGAGAAACGCUUGGAGCCCAUGCUGAGAGCGUUUUACAACCGAACAGCGUUCCAACUGCCUGAUAACCAACGUGUACGCAUCUCGCUUGAUACCGAUCUUACCUUUAUUCGUGAAGAUCAUCUAGACGGAGUGAGUCGUCGUCAACCUACUUACAAUUGGCGUCGUAAUGAUGUAGGCAUUGACUACCCCUUUCCACACGUGAAGGAGAGUGACAUCCUUCGCUUCCCAUACGCUGUCCUGGAAACCAAGCUUCAAACACAUCUGGGCCAAGAACCUCCAGCAUGGCUGAAUUCUCUAGUGGAGAGCCAUCUUGUCCACGAGGUCCCGAGAUUCUCAAAGUACCUGCAUGGUGCAUGUCAUUUCUAUCGUGAGAGGCUUCCUCUGCUUCCUUGGUGGCUGGCUGAACUCAAUGUGGAUAUUCGUAAACCUAGAAAUGAAAACAUUGGUCUGACUCGCUCCCGAAGCUUCAAGCCCCUGAUUGACGGCAAAUACAGAAGAGCCAUGAUUGAAGAAAAGGAAAGAGCAAAUCAGCAAGCUGUCGUCGGUGGUGGCGAGCAAAUCUCUACACGGUCAAGUAGCUCAGGCACCGCGAUCAAUAAUGGGUCCUCUUCCUCAAUGGAAGAUUUUAAGAACAAGGAGUAUACUCACAUGGACAGUAGUCUACCACCUGUGCCUCCAGGAAAGAAUGAAGCUGUUCCUCUAAAUGCAGCUGCUACAAAAGAUGCCCAGCAAGGUGCCAUCUCUUCGUUCCCUCCUCAAAUACAAAAGUUCUUUAAUAAUCGAAAAAGUCAGGAUCAGCACAACAAGUCAGCAGAUCUCGAACUAGGUGCAGCCGUUACAGGGGAUGAGUUUGAGACUACCAACAAACGGCACAAGGUCAAAGUUCGAGUAGAGCCCAAGGUCUUUUUCGCAAACGAACGUACAUUCAUUGCUUGGCUCCAGUUCUGUGCACUGUUACUGACUGUUGCAUUGAAUCUGCUCAAUUUUGGUGACACUAUUUCAAGAACUGUGGGCGGCAUCUUUAUUGGUCUGUCUGCUGGUAUUGCCAUCUAUGCACUCUAUAGAUUUGAGAAGCGUGCCUGGAUGAUCAACCGCCGUGUCGAUGGUCGUUACGAUGAUAUCUGGGGCCCUGCAGUCCUGUGUCUGUUAUUGGUCAUUGCACUUGUUGUCAACUUUUACCUUCGAUUCAGAUAA